AUGGAUAUGCACGCUAUCAAGGACCUCCUCAAACAGUAUACCGUGAGCAACGUCACGAAGGCCAUCCAUAGGACUCCCUAUCCGGCCAUCUUGCCCACCCGACCGGAGCUGAGCCAGGCCGGCCGCACAGUGCUCGUGACUGGAGGUGGCACAGGCGUUGGGUUCGGAGUCGCUCGAAACUUCGUUCAGGCCUCCGCAGACACCGUCAUCAUCGUCGGUCGCCGUGCUGCAGUCCUCGACACGGCUGCCUCUAGCCUCGAGCAAAUCGCGAAAGCUGCCGGCACAAGCACCAAGAUCAUCACAAAGACUUGUGAUAUCACCAACAUCGCGCAGAUUGAAGCAUUGUGGAAGGACCUGAGCGCACAGAAGAUCACCGUGGACGUCUUCGUCAGCAAUGCUGUCAAGUUCACCGAGCCGAAGCCGCUGCUCGAACUUGGGGCGGAUGAAGUCUGGUCGCAGAUGGAGGCCAACGUGAAGGCUCCCAUAUACUUUGCUCAGCAAUUCUGCACCCAACCCGGUGGCGGUCAGAAGUUCAUCAUCAACAUCACCAGCGCCGUCAUCCACACGAACGCGGAUCCAGUCAUCCAACAACGUCCGGCAUACAGCCUAACGAAGGGGGCUGGAACGCUGUACUUUUACCUCCUUGCCAAUGAGGUGCCGGCCGACAAGGUCCAGAUCGUCAGUUUCCAUCCUGGCCUCAUCUAUAAUGAAAUGUGGGGAGAGGGAGGCUUUGACGAACAUGAUGACUUGUUCGAUUCCGCCGACAUACCUGGUGGAGUUGCAGUCUGGGGUGCCUCGAAAGAAGCUGCCUUCCUCCACGGCCGCUUCUUCUGGGCCACCUGGGAUGUCAAUGAACUCUCCACUGGGGAGCUCCGGAAGCGUUGCGAAACCGACCCUUACUUCCUCACACCUUCGGUCAUAGGGCUGAAGGGCAGGUCCCUGGCCUGA